UAUCUUGCUGACUCAAGCUGACGAAGGAUGCACCACAGUGUAAACUUUCGAGGACACUGUUGUUGUCUUCAAUUCAUGGUUUGCACCGUUCAAAGAUUAGGUUAUAGCCAUUGUAGUCCAUGUGGAUCAGUUGGAAAGACAAGUAGAGCAGUUGGACAGAGAAUUAAAAACCUAAUUUGAAUCCUACUUCGGUGGGUCUGCCCCGCAGCUACGAGCAGCCCAACGCCUUGCAGUGGAUUAAAAGAUUGCCGCAAUCCUCUGGUGUACGGAGAGGCUGUGGAGGUGUGGGAGAAGAAGUCGAAAGUGUUCACCUUCAGUGCAGUGAGCGGUAGGCGAAGCAGGUUGAAUCUUUGAAGAACGAGAUCUACAAUCUGGUGGGCUUGUACAGUGUGUUCCAAGGUGUGGUGUUCACGGCUGUGGCUCAGGAGAAUGAUCGCUUCACGAGCCGCAAGAGUUUUACAUCCCAAUUGUACUAUCGUUGCUCGAUCGUUUCGUCAGUUUCAUUGGUGUUUCGAGAAAGCAUCAGAAGAUUCAGUAUUUUGAGAUUAAACUUGAGGAAGAUCAAGGCUAGAAACAGAGCGUCGAGGAAGUCUUCGUCGAUCGAAAUCCGAGAACAUCGGAUUUGCGGAGCUGCAAAAGGCAAGAAAAAGGGUACCGCCUAACGGAACUCCCCGGGCAUCUACUUUGGCGCUGUGGCUUUGUUUGUAUUCGCAUUAUUUCUCCCCUGUUCAUUUUAUUGGAUGUUGUGCUCACACUAACUCAUCACGACCGGCUCGACAUCCACAUCGAAGAGUCGAGCAAAUUCUCUGAAGCUGAAGUUCGAUAGAUACUGACAUGGAACUGAAGAUGGAUGUGUUCAACGGAACCGAAUUUGAGUUAGAACUGAAGGAGGAAAGGCCUCAUGUAGAGCAGCCGAAAGCAAGGAUUAAACCGAACGAAAAGUACUGUAUGAGGCGAGAUACAUCUGAUACCUAUAGUGAGUACUUGGUGCUUCACAAUCCGACGGGUACAAUAAAAGUGACACCUGAUGAUAUGGCUGAAUACAUGAGUGUAACAGUUAAAUGCAGAAUACCGGAGAAAGAUUCCACUGCCCAACCACAACUUUAUUGGGAAGGAGUUCGAAGAGACGCAAAGCACACAACAUCCUCAUCAAAUAUUUUUGCACGGGUGCUAAAAUUCAUUUCUCGCCAAAAUCGCCACCCAGAUCCGAGAACAGAGGGUACCGCGGUGGGUAAUGGUGAACCCAUCAGUGUUACCACUGAUCCAGUGCCGUCAGGAGGUACGGGUGUGAAGUAGAGAUUUGUGUCAGGCACAAGACCAUGAAGUACUUGGGUUGUUACGACCAUCUACCGUUGUUCCUAAAGAAGAAUAGACCCUUAUUCCAGAUUUGCAUAGUCAGUAUGAUACGAUUGUUGAUUGUUUAUAACAGCUACCAUUCUCAGAAGUGGCUAUUCAGCAUUACAUAUCCGGGAAGUUCGUCGAUGGGAAAAUUGGACGUCGCCUCGGCUGUGCGUAUGGAUUGAUGAUAUUGUGAUUUGUCGUGUCGUGUGAACUUCUGACACCUUUGUGCAAGA